GAGCCGCUCGCCAGUCGCUAGCUGAAUCUCCGAUCGGUCGGUCGAGCUGUCUCCGGGAGAAACCUAACCCGAAAUCGAAAUCGAAAACCGAGACAAAAUAAAAUAACAAAAUCUGAUAUAAACCAAGGCAAAGUGCUAAUAAAACGAGCAACAUGCGUUGCCUGGCAUUGAGCUCGCUCUUGCUGUGCCUGUGCCUGUGCUUGGGUCUGACAGCCGCCUACAAGAGCGAGGUGCAGAUCACACCGGAUCCGUUGGAUUCGCUUACGGAGACAACCACCAAGAAGUCGAGUUGGUUCGGUGGCUUCAAGAAGUUCUUUGGCAGCGAUGGCACCACCACCACCACAACCACAACCACCACGGAGCGGGGUCGUAACAUGGCCACCACACCGACUCCCAAUCCCAAGUUGGCAGUGACACCCACAUCGGCACAGAAGCCUCCGCCGUUGGUCAUCUCGCAUGCGCCGCUGAUGCCGCUGGGACCGCGACCGGAUACGCCGGGAUCCUCGCCCUUUGGUGCCUCACCGCCGCCGGCCAGUGGUCCCCAGUGGCCCACCGCUGCCUCCAGCACAAAGCCCCCUUUGCCGCAGCAGCCACAAUUGCCCGCUCCAGGGCGUCCGCAGACGAAUGGAGUACCACCAGCCGGAGCUCCGAUUCUGCCGCCAGGCUUUGCACCCUAUCGUCCACAGAAGCCGCAACCGAAUAGCUAUGACCUGAGCUACGGCGGAGGACCAGGGGCGGGAACUGGACGACCUGGUUUCGGACUCGCUGGCACCACAACUACAACGACUACGACAACCACCCAGCGACCCAAGUCUCCGGGUGUGCAGCCCAAUAUCGAUGUGCGCUUCUCUGGCCCCAGCUCCAGCAGCACCACCACGGUAAGGCCACAGCAGCAGAAGGAGGACUUCCCGGCGUUGCCAGGACCUCGCAGGCCAUCCCAGAAAGAGGAUUUCCCGGCGUUGCCGCCAGUAAAGACGCCGCCUGGUUCACCCACUCCCACGCCGGGUUCUCCAUCCGCUUGGAACUCUCCCCUGCCAACGCCUCAGCAUCCGGUACAUCCGGCACAGCCCACCAAGAGUUCGGUCACCCCAACGCCGGCGUCAGUACCCACUAAGUUCACUCCCACACCAGCCCAUGGUGGAGGAUCCACUAGCACAGUGCGACCUGGCUUCCAAUCGUCGGGCAACUCGGUGGCCACUGAUGACGAGAUCCGACAGCUGACCGAGCAACUGUACGCCAAGGAGACCAACAGUCAGAUUGGUAACAUCCAGGUUAAUAUACAGGGACGCACGCGAUCUAUUGACAGUGCCGACGAGGCACCAAAUCCACUCCUCCAUGUGGACUCGAAGGCCCUGGAGUCACCGACGAUUGCCAAGAUGCGAGUGCUGUUCAACAACUAUGAGCACGACACGCUGGUCAAUGAGCAUGUGACCCCCAAUGAGCGAAAGGAGGAGAAUGACUUCCUGGAUGCGGUAAUGGCCACGCCAGUAAUGCGCCAAGCGAUGCUGUUCCUGCAGCAGAAGGGUCUGGUCAGCCCCGAUCCCAAGACGCAUCGGGAUCUGGUCAAGGAGCUGUGGUUCACACAGUAUUCCCGCGGCCAGGGCAAGAUCGGUAGCUCCGGCUUUGAGCAUGUCUUUGUUCACGAGGUGAAGGAUGGAACCAUUAUUGGCUUCCACAACUGGGUCUACAUUGGAGAUGAGGAGCAGGGUGGUCGCUUCGACUACAAGGGGUACAUGAAGGAGCAGGACAUUGGCACGAAGGGCAAGAUCCUAAAGAUUCGGUUCUCGCACCAGGGCCUCAAUAAGCCUGUCAACACGCUCUUUGUGGGCACUUCUCCGGAACUGGAGCUGGCCCUCUAUACGGUCUGCUUCCAGCUCCGGCCGGAUCGCACCUGCCCAGUGUCCUUGGGCAACAGCAAGUUCGGGAUUAUCACCUACUCGUGGCGCUAUCGGGGUAAGAACCUCAUCGGCAGCGCCUAUCCGGAGAUUUGAGAUUGGAGCGCGAUAGCUCCCCGUGUAGUCAACGUAGCAUCUUUUUUUUUCCUGUCGAUAUAAUAAAUAAAGAAAAUUUAUGAAAAAGAA